AUCCAACAUAUUUUCUGAGAAACCAAAAUUUUCUACCCAUAGUAAUAAUCCUCUUUUUUUUUUUUGGCCUACCCAUAAAUUUAUCGUAUUUAUGUUUUAACCCCCGACAAUUUUUUGAAUCAGUGUGUAUAUAUCCGGCAAGCCCGAAAAUCCCAAUCGGAGCACUCUACCCAGUUCAUUCAGCUCUGUAGACAUGCUUACAUUUGAAAUCCAGAACACUAUUAGGGUUCUUCAUAUUUGAUUCAAUUGAGCUUCCGUUGUGAAGAAAGUUCAGAAAUUUAGGAUUAAUUGAUUGAUUGAAGCCAUGGCGUACGUGUUCAUACCGGUGCAGAACUCAGAGGAGGAGGUCCGAGUGGCGCUUGAUCAGCUCCCUCGCGACGCCACCGAUAUUCUCGACAUCCUCAAGGCGGAGCAAGCUCCGCUCGAUCUCUGGCUCAUCAUCGCCAGGGAGUACUUCAAACAAGGGAAAAUUGAACAAUUUCGACAGAUAUUAGAGGAAGGAUCCAGUCCUGAAAUUGAUGAAUAUUAUGCAGAUGUACGUUAUGAGAGGAUCGCGAUUUUAAAUGCUUUGGGCGCAUAUUACAGUUACCUUGGGAAAAUUGAGACUAGACAAAGAGAAAAGGAAGAUUACUUUGUACAGGCUACGAAGUAUUAUAACAAGGCAUCAAGAAUUGACAUGCAUGAGCCUUCAACUUGGAUUGGGAAAGGUCAGCUUUUACUGGCCAAGGGAGACCUUGAGCAGGCAUUUAAUGCAUUCAAGAUUGUAUUAGAUGGAGACCGUGAUAAUGUGUCUGCUCUUCUUGGUCAGGCAUGCGUCCACUUUAACCGAAGCCGAUAUCCCGAGUCUUUGGAGUUAUACAAGAGAGCAUUGCAAGUGUGUCCUUGGGCUCCAUCUGUAAGACUUGGUAUAGCUCUUUGCCAGUAUAAAUUAGGUCGUCCUGAGAAGGCAAAACAAGCAUUUCAUCGGUUAGAUCCAGAAAAUGUUGAAGCUCUCGUAGCUCUCGGAAUAUGUGAUCUGCAAACUAAUGAUGCUACGGGUAUUCGAAAUGGGAUGGAGAAUAUGCAGAAAGCCUUCGAGAUUUAUCCUUACUGUGCUAUGUCAUUGAAUUAUCUUGCAAAUCAUUUCUUCUUCACUGGCCAGCAUUUCCUAGUUGAGCAAUUGACUGAAACUGCACUUGCUGUAACUAUGCAUGGCCCAACAAAAGCACAUUCUUACUACAAUUUGGCCCGCUCGUAUCACAGCAAGGGGGACUAUGAGAAAGCAGGAAUGUAUUAUAUGGCAUCUGUUAAAGAAAGCAGUAAUGCACAUGAAUUUGUAUUACCAUAUUAUGGUUUAGGACAGGUCCAACUGAAACUGGGAGACAUGCGAAGUGCUUUAGCUAAUUUUGAAAAAGUCUUGGAGGUUCAACCAGAAAAUUGUGACACACUGAAAGCUAUUGGACACAUAUAUAUUCAGCUUGAGCAGAGCGAGAAGGCUCAAGAAGUAUUUAGGAAAGCCACCAAAAUUGAUCCUCGAGAUCCUCAGGCUUUCUUGGAUCUUGGUGAUCUGUUGAUCUCAACAGACAUUAAUGCUGCGUUAGAGGCCUUCAAAACUGCUCGUAAUUUGCUGAAAAGAGGGAAUGAGGAAGUACCCCUGGAGCUGCUUAAUAAUAUUGGUGCUCUCCAUUUCGAACGGGGAGAGUUUGAGCUUGCUGGCGAGGCCUUUAAGGAAGCUUUAGGAGAAGGCAUAUGGUGUAGUGUUUCUGAAGCUGAAGGAGAAUCCUUAGGGAGCACUAGCUCUAGUCAUAGAAAUCUAGCUAAUCUAAUUAAUGAUGCACUGUAUCCUGUUGAUGCCAGCUUGAACAUCAGUCAAUAUAAGGACUUUCAAGUGUUUCAUCACCUUGAGGAGCAGGGCAUUUCUUUGGAGCUUCCUUGGAAUAAAGUUACAUCAUUAUUUAAUUUAGCUCGGGUGCUGGAGCAGAUUCACAGCACUGAAAGAGCCAGCAUCCUCUACCGCCUGAUAUUGUUUAAGUAUCCAGACUACACUGAUGCUUAUUUGAGACUGGCUGCCAUCGCAAAAGCUCUAAACAAUGUCCAGAUUAGCCUCGAACUGAUUGCUGAUGCGCUAAAGGUGGAUGAGAAGUGCCCAGAUGCUUUGUUAAUGCUUGGUGACUUGGAACUUAAGAAUGAUGACUGGGUCAAGGCGAAAGAAACUUUCCGGACAGCGAAGGACUGCACUGAUGCAAAAGAUAAUUAUGCUUCCGUUUGCUUGGGAAAUUGGAACUACUUUGCAGCCAAUCGCAAUGAGAAAAGAGCUCCCAAGUUGGAAGCUACACAUUAUGAGAAGGCUAAGGAACUAUAUACUAAGGUUCUGCUCCAGCAGUCUGCUAACCUUUAUGCAGCUAAUGGUGCUGGUAUGGUAUUUGCAGAAAAGGGUCAAUUUGAUAUAGCCAAGGAUCUUUUCACUCAGGUUCAAGAAGCUGCAAGUGGAAGUAUUAAUGUCCAAAUGCCAGAUGUGUGGAUUAACUUGGCCCAUGUUCACUUUGCUCAAGGCAAUUUCACUUUAGCUGUAAAAAUGUACCAAAACUGUCUGCGUAAGUUCUAUAACAAUACCGACAGUCAAGUGCUUCUCUACUUGGCACGUACGCAUUAUGAAGCUGAACAGUGGCAAGACUGUAAAAAGACCCUGCUAAGAGCUAUCCACUUGGCUCCUUCAAACUAUACAUUAAGAUUUGAUGCUGGAGUUACCCUACAGAAGUUCUCGGCAUCAACACUUCAAAAAACAAAAAGGACAGUGGAUGAGAUUGCAAAACUUUUGAGCAUUCAUGCAAUUGUAGUGGAUCUAAGAUUAGGUUCCGAUUUGAUGACUUCGUUGCUCGUUCGAGCUACUGUGGCAGAGCUGAAAAAUGCUGUUCGUUUGUUCGGCCUGCUUUCUGCAGCUUCAAACCUUCACUUUCAUGGGUUUGAUGAGAAGAAAAUUGAAACCCACGUUGCUUACUGCAAGCAUUUGCUUGAAGCAGCCACUGUCCACUGUGAGCUUGCCGAGCGUGAAGAGUUGCAGAAUAUGCAGAGAUUGGAAGUCUUGCGCCAGAUGGAGUUGGCGGAUGAAACCCGCAGAAAGGCUGAGGAGCAGAGAAAAGCUCAGAUGGAGAAAAGAAAGCAGGAGGAUGAAUUGAAGCAAGUCAUGCAACAAGAGAGGCAUUUGGAGCGCAUCAAGGAACAAUGGAAGAGCAGCUCGGGCUCGAAGCGCAGGGACAAACCCCAGAAUGAUGACGAUGAGGGUGGACACAGUGAAAAGAGGAGGAGAAAAGGGGGAAAGCGUAAGAGGAAGGACAAGAAACAGCGGUAUGAAUCUGACGGUGGUGAUGCUGAGGUGGAGGAUCACGAGGAGAUGGAGUUUGAAGAACAUUACAAUCGUACAAAUGAGGGUGAUGACAGAGAGGGUCCUUCCCAUGAUGUUCUUGCAGCCGCCGGACUCGAGGAUUCUGAUGCUGAGGAUUUUAUUGCAGCUGCUGGCCUUGAAGACUCUGAUGCCGAGGAUAACAAUGCUGCUGCCUCGAAUGCGAAUAAACGGAGACGGGCUUGGUCGGAAUCGGACGAAGAUGAUGAGGUGGCGGAGAGGCAGCCCGAGCCCAAUCCAGAGGAAGAGGCCCAGCCCGAGCCCAACCAUGAUGCUGAUAUGCAGGAGAGUGAUGGAGGUGGAGCGCCUGAUGAUGAAGAAUGAAGCUGGCAGCUCUAAAGACUUUGUUCACAAACCAUUGGUGGGUUGCUAAGGUGCUUAGAGCUCGCAUAGGCUUUUAGCCUUACUGGUGAGAAAAGCUAAAACAUAGAUUUUGUGCUAAGCUUUUGUGUGAUGUCAGAUUUUGUUGUAGUUGGACUUGAAAGAAUGAAACUUCUUUAUUAACUCAAGUGUGCUGCGUUCAGAAUCAAACGACUAGACAGUCCUGUUAUUUUUAACUGUAGACAUAGGAAAAUUAUAGAAAAUUAACCCCAUGGGUCCCACCACAUUGCCACCCUUAAUUUUUUGCUUUAAAACUAGUGUAUACAUGAAAGAAAGACAUUUGAAGUCGGUCCACAAAGUGGUGCAAUUAUGUUCUCUCAUAAAACUUCAAGAACUUAAAAUUAAAGGGUUUAAUAUCAGGUCACUAUAGAAAACAAUAGAGCUGCGAGACAGGGUGGAUGUGUAUUCGUUUUAGAUUUUAAGAAAUAUUUUGAGAUUUUAAGACUUGAAAGGAAUCUUUGGAAACCUCAAGUGUAAAGGCGGUAUGUGGGAUGAUAUUUUGUAUAAAAUUGUUGUUUAUGAAAAUUCAGCAAGUAAAAUUUUUGAGUGAGAGCGGUUGGAAAGUUGUUCAAGC